CACAGGGAUGUCUUCAUUCCCAUCUGUGAUCGCAAAACCGCAAGUACAAGCUCUCACAAGUGUCUGUGCUACUCUGAAAUUCAGUUACACUCAACCCUACUAAGAAACCUUUCCCCAAGAUCUUGAUAACCUUGCUUGUAUAGAUAUGUCAGGCACGAUGACAGUGCUGUUGAAUUCAUGACUGGGACGAUGUCCUACCAAUGGCAGAAAUGUAUUCAGUAAUGUCUGGAAUUCCCGAAAGACAGGCAUCAGGUCCUACAGAGUGCCUUGCUCCGUUUGGCUGUGAAGGAACCGGACGGAUUAGACCUAGUCUAAGCGGACAGUCUUGCAGAUCCAUAAAAUAUAUCAUUAACUAAGCCAAAAUUAACCAAGCGUGUUUUUCUAUAAAUUACAACAAAUCAGAUUUGAGAAGUAAUUAUAGGUGCUCAAGGUAAAUCAUCUCAGAUACCUAAAACUGUUAAUUGUGACCAUUAAAGACGGCAACAUCCAAGAAACAGACCAAACCCUAACGACGGGCGACACCGACCCUGUCCCACCACCGACACGGGCAGGGUCACCUGACCCUCCGACUGUCAUGCGCGGUUCGCCAGCCGCUGCCCGCUUCUCCGCUUCCUGCGAGCGCGGCGGCAGUUCCGGUGCGCACGGGCGGCGGGACCCGGCUGUAGCCGAGGCCGUCGCGUCGCGGUACGGGCGGAGCGGCCGCUUGAUGUCGGGCAUGAUCUAUCGCCAGAGUCACCAUGAGAGCUGCCUGCGAGACCCCGCCGCGUCCAGAGCGGCGACACGCUUCCACACGCACACCGACUCCGCUUUAGGGGACAUCAUCAACGGCUGCUGCUCAAUGGGAGAGGAGGUGGCGACGGCGGCUAAGCCGCGGGACACCGGGCUCCAACUCACUCCUGCCGACUCGCCGGGGCUGUCGCGGCCUCGGACCGGUGGCUCUGCCUCCUCCUCCUCCUCCUCCUCCACCACCUCGUCGCUCUCCUCCUCGUCCUCCCCGAGGGAACCUAACACUAACACUCCGACCACUUCUACCUCCACAGCCGGGCCCGAUGAACCGGGGAAACGGCCUGGCGCUGCACCUCGCUCGGAGCUCAGGACCGAAGACACUAGCAGCGAGGAUACCGCCAGCCCGGAUCGAGAAACGCCUGAUAGCCCCAGGCCCGUUGGCAACAAGACGCUGGAGUUGACGGACGUUAGUCUGAACUCCAGGAACUCCUUGGAAGUGAGUCGAAGGCAGAGCGCACCCGAGCAGCUGGCGGACGGGAUCGACCUGCCACCACCAGCACUACCCAACGGUGAGGGAGCCAAGCCCAAGAAGCUCGGCAUCGCCGACUACAUCAGCAGGAACUUUUUUAAUAAGAAAAUGAAGGAGCCCAUUCCUUCCACCUUUAGUGCUCCUGGCUGGAAAUUAUUUGGGAAGAUCCCUCCAAGAGAAAAUUCACAGAAAGAUGCCAAAACAAUACAGCAGGACAGCAAUGGUUGCAAUCUUGCGUCAGUGUCUGCACCUAACCUGUUCAAUACAGGGGAAUAUGAAGCCCGAAUUGGCCGGAUGAAUAAAACCUCUCUUCAGUCUGGACGGCGACGUAAUCUUGAAUUUGAGCCACUAUCUACUACUGCAUUGAUCUUAGAAGAUCGACCAGCACACUUGCCUGCAAAAUCAGCAGAAGAAGCUCAAAGGCACAGACAAGAAUAUGAUGAAAUGGUGGCAGAAGCAAAGAAACGAGAGGUGAAAGAAGCGCAGAGAAGAAAAAAAAUUAUGAAGGAGCGAUUCAGGCAGGAAGAGAGCAUUGCUCAUGCAAUGAUAAUUUGGAACACAGAUAUACUUCCCAAUUGGGAAACUAUUCGAAAUACACGGAAGGUGCGUGAACUAUGGUGGCAGGGUAUUCCUCCAAGUGUUCGAGGGAAAGUGUGGAGGUUGGCCGUUGGCAAUGAACUGAAUAUCACUCAUGAGCUUUAUGAAAUCUUCCUGUCUAGAGCUAAGGAGCGAUGGAAAAACUUCAGUGUGGUUGGAUCUGAGAAUGAAACGGAAGACCCUGGAGCAUCAGGAGCCGAUAGAGAGGCGAGUCUUGAAUUGAUAAAGCUGGAUAUCUCCCGCACAUUCCCUUCUCUCUUCAUUUUCCAGAAGGGUGGACCAUAUCAUGAUCUUCUCCAUAGUGUUCUCGGGGCAUAUACCUGCUACAGGCCUGAUGUCGGAUAUGUCCAAGGAAUGUCUUUUGUUGCUGCUGUUCUUAUCCUUAAUUUAGAAGAAGCUGAUGCUUUCAUAGCCUUUGCAAACCUGUUGAACAAACCCUGUCAGCUGGCAUUUUUCCGUGUGGAUCAUGAUAUGAUGCUGAAGUAUUUUGCAUCAUAUGAAGUGUUUUUUGAGGAAAAUCUUCCGAAGCUUUUUGCGCACUUCAUGAAAAAUAAUUUGACUCCUGAUAUCUACCUUAUAGACUGGAUAUUUACACUCUACAGUAAGUCAUUGCCCCUGGACCUGGCUUGUCGAGUCUGGGAUGUCUUUUGCCGUGAUGGGGAAGAGUUCCUUUUUCGGACAGCUCUGGGCAUUCUCAAGUUGUAUGAGGAUAUUUUAGUGCAAAUGGAUUUUAUUCACAUAGCUCAAUUCCUUACCAAACUGCCUGAAGACAUUGCAUCAGAAAAACUGUUUGCGUGCAUUACUGCUGUUCAAAUGCACAGCAGCAACAAAAAAUGGACACAGGUGUUUGCUUCACUGAUGAAGGAAAACAAAGAAAUUGAGAAGAAUCACAAUCCUGCCCUGAAAAGUUAAUAUUCCUUUGGAAAUGUUGAUGCUUGCAGGAGUAUUUAAAAAUUAAUGGUGUAGCAGUACUACAUGGAAAUGUCUUCAGUGCAUCUGUUUAAAAUUGUUGUCAGAGUUAAAAUUAAAGAACUGAAUAUAUUUGGACUGUUGAUGACCCAAAGAUCUGUGUGUGUUGCACACAUUGAUGGGAAGAAUAAUGGCUUACGCCCAGCAAAAAUGAAGAAUUGUUUACACUAGUGUCAGUAUUAAAAGAAAAGUGGAGUCCUGUGCAAAGUAGUUUAUUCUGCAUUUAUUAGCUGAUUGCAAACUGAGAUGUAAAAUUUCUGAGCACUUAUAGACCAACCAUCUUUCUAUACCAUGUUUCUGGUGCACAGCAUACCUCCAAAGCCAGCUGAUUCACGGAAACGACCUAAAGUGGACCAAACGGAUUUUGAAUUGCUGCCCUCCAUUAUGUGUAGCUUUUUACUGAUGAUCCUACGUCAGAAAUAGCUGGUUUUUACUUUUUAAUACAGUCGGUUUGCUUUCUAAGAUUCUGAGAUAAAAAGCCUAACAGGAGAGAGCAUUAAAACCAGUACUGUUCUGCUUUACAGAACGACAUUUGUUAACCUGUAAAGUACUUGGUUUCAAAAUAUUGCACAACAUUCUCUUUAAUAUUUCCAUGUAUUUCCUGUUUUCUGGAAACACAAAGAUUUUUAUUCAAAUACUGAGCUAUGGCAUUUUUGAUUACUGAACUGUACUACAAAUAUUUUUUAAAAGCUCAUUUCAGUACUACCUGUUUUAUUUUCGGGUGCUUGCAGCAGUGGAAAUGUAGAUGUUGUAUAAUCUCUGAACCUACAGGUGAAUUGCAGACAGAAUGGUAGAACUGUGAAAUGUCCAAGUUUAGAAAAUUCCAAAUAUACUCUUACGACAGUUAAGUUAGUGUGUCUCAGCUGAAAAUUCUUUGUGAUUGUCCUCAGGCAGGUGCAAUGGGCUUGACUUAAGCAACUGUGUAAAUGUUUUAUGAUGUGCAAUACAGAAAACUUCCAAAAUGACAGUGCUUUGCACAAAGUUUUGAAAUGUAAACCCUGAUAGCAUUAACUAAAAUUUAUUUCAAAUUAGGUGAUGAAAACUGAGAACUAUUGUAGUGUAUACUAUAUUGCAUUGCUCGGAACUGUUUGCUCACAAUGGAAAGAGGAGGCUUAAGUCAUUUGUUAGUAAUCACUUAAAAAAACCAGAGGGCUAAUGAUCAGGCUUUUUUUCUAACCUGGUGAAAUUUCUGAAGUGAAAGGUGAUAGGUGUUUGUGUAAAUUUGAGAUUUGUGUAGUGUGCAAAUUACAGGUAAACUUUCUUAAAUUUUUGUUUUUUUAUUUGAAAGAAUUUGUACUUUAUUUUGUACUUCUAGCAAAAUCAGCUCCUCUAUUCCUGUAUUGCAAGUCAUUAUUGAAUUAUAAAACUAAAUUCUGUAGAGAUGUUUGUCAUUGAGUUUGUUUUGAAUUCUUUAUUAAAAGAAUUGGCAUGUUCUAUAAGCAUUAAUAUACUACAGAUGGAGUGCAAAAUACUUUGAAAUAUACAUUUUUAUUUAUAUACCCUUACAUUUAGUUAAAUGAAUUUCUUUAUCUUACUUUCUAUUGUACAGAUUUCAUAUUGAAUUCAAAUGCAAUGUAUAUGCAAAUUGUAAAUAGAAAGGAAACAGUCCACAGAUACCACUAGACAUCAAUUUCAUAUGUAAAUAAAGUAUGAAGUCAA